AUGCUUUCAGGUGGACUUGCCGAAACACCGCUUCAUGGGGGAUUGGUGGGACCCACCUUUGCUUGCAUCAUCGGCAUUCAAUUCAGAAAUCUGAGGAAAUGCGACCGAUUCUGGUAUGAGAGUGGCAACCCUCUGAUUCGUUUCACGGAUUCUCAGUUGGCAGAGAUCCGAAAGAUCACUCUGUCGAAAGUGAUCUGUGACACGAGCGACGAGGUGAUCUCCAUCCAACGGGCAAACUUUGACAUCCCUGACCCGUUCCUCAAUCCGCGGGUCAACUGCGACGCCCUACCCGGGGUUAAUCUCGAGUUGUGGAAAGAGCGAAUCACCUGCAAAGUCAACGAUCUAAGCAUCGAAACGGGUGACGCUCGAAGGACCUCUCCCUGUGUCAUGUGCACAUGUACCAAAGAGGGUCCAUUGUGCCAAUCCCUGAAGAUUGAGAACUGCUUCCAUCUAGCGCAAUCCUUCAGCCGACAAGCCAUUCUACAAGACCAUGUCUGCAAAGUACAAUGUGCUUUUGCCUUCCGCGCGUUCCCAUCGGUGAAGACCGGAGAGAAUCGAAUCGGAUUUAGCUAA